AUGUGGACGAACAGCUUAAAAUCGUUUUUCUUGUUUUUCUUAAUAAACGCACACCUGAAUUUGUUCUUCAGACAAGACAACUACUCCCUAGGAGGACACCUUGCUAAAGAGAGAACUGCACACAAUGACCCCGCUUUACUCAAUCGGAUGCUUCAAGAAGAAGCCAAGCCCCAGUGUGACCAGUGGACAGAAUGGUCCAAUUGUUCAAAGUCCUGCGGCAUGGGAGUCAAACUGAGGGUUCGAUCAAGCAGCAAAAAGGAACACUCCCGAGAAUGCUCCAACAUCAAAGAAACUACAGUUUGCUUCAUGGACAAUUGUGCAGAUUUGAAGGAAACAAGAGAGCGAGACGAAAAGGAUCAAAGAGAAAAUGAAAAAAACAUUGUCAGGAGAAAAUACCUACUAAUUUUUGGAAUUUUUUCAGCCAUGAACGUAAUCAUACUACUCGUAUGCGUAAUUAUGUCCAUCAAGAAAAAAGUCAUUUAA